CAGAUGAAAGUAUUCAUUCCAGAGACGCCAUUGCGGAGGAUUCUAAAUCUAACAAAUGCCUUCACAUGUCACGGCCUGAAAUCAAGUCUCUCAUCUAGGAAAAAAAGAGAAGCAGAACAGCCUAUAAAGUGUGUGUGCAUUCGGAGAGAGGAGGAGAAACCUGCUUAUAAAAUGAGUGUAAACAGGAGGGCUCCUGUUUACACUCAGAGAGCAGCAUCUCCAGGAUUCAGCUGUGUGUCUAUGAGGAGUAACAACUCCAUGAUUCUGCCCCCUUAUCUCAGUGAUGUUGACGCUCAGAGAGCAGCAUCUUCAGGAUUCAGCUGUGUGUCUAUGAAGAGUAACAACUCCAUGAUUCUGCCCCCUUAUCUCAAUGAUGUUGACGCUCAGAGAGCAGCAUCUUCAGGAUUCAGCUGUGUGUCUAUGAAGAGUAACAACUCCAUGAUUCAGCCCCCUCAUCUCAGUGAUGGACCUGCUGUGACUUUUGACCCUGUUAUCAUCAGCAGGAAGAGAAAGAGAGCAGCUUCUCCACUACAGCCCCCUGAUCUCAGUGAUGAAUCAGUGCUCUUUGAUCCUGUUGGUGGGAGAGCUGACCAGAUCAGAUAUGUGUCCUGUCCGUCCAGCACAUCCUCCUACAGUCAGAACCACUUCAGUCAUCAUGACACAGAAGCAGCUCUGCAGCUUUCUCACCAACCAGUGCAUGAUUAUCUGCAGAGAGUCAAAGACCAGCACAAAACCAGCAUGAAGAGCAAGUAUGAGAGCUUAUUUGAGGGAAUCAAACUACAAGAGAAUCAAACUCUCCUGAACAGGAUUUACACACAGCUGUACAUCAUAGAGGGAGAGAGUGAAGGAGUGAAUGAAGAACAUGAGGUGCUGCAGAUGGAGAAAAGUUACAGGACACUCCAAGAUACUCCAAUCAACUGCAAUGACAUCUUUAAUCCUUUACCUGAACCAGGAUAUGAGGAGAACAGAAGAGAGAAGAAAGACAAAAUAAAGACGGUUCUUACUAAAGGCAUCGCUGGAAUUGGAAAAACCGUCUCUGUGCAGAAGUUCAUUCUGGACUGGGCCGAGGGAAAAGCCAAUCAGGAUGUAGAUUUCAUGUUUGUGCUUACAUUUCGAGAGCUGAACUUGAUUAAAGAUCAUCAGUACAGUCUUCACAGACUUCUGCUUGACUUUGAUCCUGAACUUCAAGAUCUGGACUCAAAGAUUUAUGAUAAAUGUAAAGCUGUGUUCAUCUUUGAUGGUCUGGAUGAAAGCAGAAUUACACUGAUGUUUUCAGAAAGUCAGAAAGUUUCUGAUGUGACUCAGAUUUCAUCAGUGGGUCUGUUGAUGUCAAACCUCAUGAGAGGAGAUCUGCUUCCCUCUGCUCUCAUCUGGAUCACCACCAGACCAGCAGCAGCCAAUCAGAUCCCCUCCAACUACAUCAACCGUGUGACAGAGAUUCAGGGAUUCAAUGACCCUCAGAAGGAGGAAUAUUUCAGGAAGAGAAUCAGUGACGAGCAUCAAGCCAGCAGAAUCAUCUCACACAUCAGAAGAGCAAGAAGCCUCCACAUCAUGUGCCACAUACCCGUCUUCUGCUGGAUCUCAUCCACUGUGCUUCAAAACCUCCUGAAACAAGAUCUCAGUGCAGAAAUCCCUCAAACUCUGACUGAAAUGUACAUCUACUUCCUGCUCAUUCAAACAAAUAUGAGGAACCAGAAGUAUGAAGAGAGAGCUCCAGAGAAACUCCUGCAGUCCAGCAGAGAAGUGAUUGUGAAACUUGCUGAACUGGCUUUCAAUCAGCUGAUGAAGGGCAAUGUGAUGUUUUAUGAGGAGGACCUGAGAGAGAGCGCCAUAGACGUCACUGACGCCUCAGUGUAUUCUGGGAUUUGCACUGAGAUCUUUAGGGAGGAAUCUGUGAUUUAUCACAGGAAGGUUUACAGUUUUGUACAUCUAAGCUUUCAGGAGUUUUUUGCAGCACUGUAUGUGUUUUACUGCUAUUUACACAAGAACAGUGAGAUUCUGAAAAUGUUCCUGUCAGGAAAGUGUGAGAAUGCUACUCUGGAUGUGCUUCUGAAGGGAACAAUGAAUAAAGCAUUGGCCAGUAAUAAUGGACACCUGGAUCUUUUCCUUCGAUUUCUUCAUGGCAUCUCACUGGAGUCCAAUCAGAGACUCUUACAGGAUGCACUGAUACACACAGAGAACAACCCAGAGAGCAUCAAGAACAUAAUCCAAAACCUCAAACGAGGUCAAAAAAACGAUGUCAGUCCUGAAAGAUGGAUGAAUCUGUCACACUGCUUGAUUGAGAUGAAAGAUAAUUCUGUUGUUAAAGAAAUGCAGGCAUUUUUAAACUCUAAAACAAAAAGAAAAAAGCUUUCUCUUGCACAAUGUUCAACUUUGGCAAACAUAAUCCUGAUGUCAGAGGAGGUGCUGGAAGAGUUUGAUCUUAAACAGUACAAUAUCAACACUAGAGAGGGUCGAUGGAGACUGUUACCUGCUGUGAGGAACUGCAGAAAAGCUUUAUUGACAGGCUGUAAUCUCACUGGUCAGCAGUGUGAAAUUGUGGCUUCAGCUCUACAAUCAUCUAACUCCCCCCUGAGAGAGCUGGACCUGAGUAACAAUCAUCUGCAGGAUUCGGGAGGGAAACUGCUUGCUGCUGGACUGAAAAGUCCAAACUGUCAACUCAACAUACUCAGAUUGUCUGGCUGUUUGGUGAAAAAGGAAGGUUGUGCUGCUUUGGCAUCAGCUCUGAGUUCAAACCUUUCACACCUGAGAGAGCUGGACCUGAGUAACAAUCAUCUGCAGGAUUCAGGAGGAAAGCUGCUCGCUGCUGGACUGAAGAGUCCAAAUUGUCAACUCAACAUACUCGGAUUAUCUGGCUGUUUGGUGAAAGAGGAAGGUUGUGCUGCUUUGGCAUCAGCUCUGAGUUCAAACCUUUCACACCUGAGAGAGCUGGACCUGAGUAACAAUCAUCUGCAGGAUUCAGGAGUAAAGCUGCUCGCUGCUGGACUGAAGAGUCCAAAUCAACUCAACAUACUGAGAUUGUCUGGCUGUUUUGUGAAAGAGGAAGGUUGUGCUGCUUUGGCAUCAGCUCUGAGUUCAAACCUUUCACACCUGAGAGAGCUGGACCUGAGUAACAAUCAUCUGCAGGAUUCAGGAGUAAAGCUGCUCGCUGCUGGACUGAAGAGUCCAAAUCAACUCAACAUACUGAGAUUAUCUGGCUGUUUGGUGAAAGAGGAAGGUUGUGCUGCUCUGGCAUCAGCUCUGAGUUCAAACCUUUCACACCUGAGAGAGCUGGACCUGAGUAACAAUCAUCUGCAGGAUUCAGGAGUAAAGCUGCUCGCUGCUGGACUGAAGAGUCCAAAUCAACUCAACAUACUGAGAUUAUCUGGCUGUUUGGUGAAAGAGGAAGGUUGUGCUGCUCUGGCAUCAGCUCUGAGUUCAAACCUUUCACACCUGAGAGAGCUGGACCUGAGUAACAAUCAUCUGCAGGAUUCAGGAGUAAAGCUGCUCGCUGCUGGACUGAAGAGUCCAAAUCAACUCAACAUACUGAGAUUGUCUGGCUGUUUUGUGAAAGAGGAAGGUUGUGCUGCUUUGGCAUCAGCUCUGAGUUCAAACCUUUCACACCUGAGAGAGCUGGACCUGAGUAACAAUCAUCUGCAGGAUUCAGGAGUAAAGCUGCUCGCUGCUGGACUGAAGAGUCCUAACUGUCAACUCAACAUACUGAGAUUAUCUUACUGUAUGGUGACAGAGGAAGGUUGUGCUGCUCUGGCAUCAGCUCUGAGUUCAAACCCCUCACACCUGAGAGAGCUGGACCUGAGCUACAACCACCCAGGAGAUUCAGGAGUGAAGCUGCUCUCUCAUACAUUCAAACAUCUGGACAAACUCAAUGUGGAUCAUGGAGGAGAGUUCAGGAUCACAGCAGGACUCCACAAAUACGCCUGUGAUCUCACACUGGAUCCAAACACAGCACACACUCGACUCGUUCUGUCUGAGGAGAACAGAAAGGUGACGCGUGUCUCUGAGGAGCAGUUAUAUCCUGAUCAUCCGGACAGAUUUGAUGAGUAUAAUCCUCAGGUUCUGUGUUCAGAGAGGCUGACUGGACGCUGUUACUGGGAGACUGAAUGGAGUGGAGCUGGAGAUGUUUAUAUAUCAGUGGCUUAUAAAGAAAUCAAGAGGAAAGGAAGGAGUAAAGACUGUUUGUUUGGAUAUAAUGUGAACUCCUGGAGUCUGAUCUGCUCUAAUCACAGCUUCACUGUCCUUCACAAUCGUAAGAGAACUGUGAUCUCUGCUGCUUCAGACUCCUGUAAGAGAGUAGCAGUGUUUCUGGACGAACCGAGCGGCUCUCUGUCCUUCUACAGCGUCUCUGACACACACACACUCACACACUUACACACAUUCACACACACAUUCACUCAACCUCUACACGCUGGAUUUUACCUUAAUUACAACUCUUCAGUGUCUCUGUGUCACAUUAAACACUAAACACACACACACACACUCACACACUCACACAC